UGUUCCUCCAUAUCUCUAUUUAUCCUCCGUGUGUUCCGUGGAUCUCCAUAUAUUUAUUCACCCUCCGUGUGUUCCGUGGUUCUCCAUAUAUUUAUUCACCCUCCGUGUGUUCAGUGGUUUUCCAUAUAUUUCUCCGUGUGUUCCGUAGUUCUCCAAGCCGGACUGAGGGACACAGAACAUGUUCCGGUGUCUCGGUGACUUCCUGACCCGCGGCGGCGGCGCGCUGGCCUCGGCCUGCGGUGACUCCGUGCUCGCGCUCCCGGCCUCCUCUGCGUCUCUGCUGCGGCUGCGCAGCUACAGCCAGGCCGUAGACCGGGACGACGACCCCAACUUCUUCCGCAUGGUGGAGGGUUUCUUCGACCGAGGGGCGGAGAUCGUGGAGGACAAGCUGGUGGAAGAUCUGAAGAACCGGGAGACACCGGAGCAGAAGAGGCACCGAGUUCGCGGCAUCCUGAAGAUUAUUAAGCCGUGUAACCACGUACUCAGCGUCUGUUUCCCCAUCAAACGAGACAACGGAGAAUGGGAGGUGAUCGAGGGCUACCGGGCACAGCACAGCCAGCACCGGACCCCCUGCAAAGGAGGUAUUCGAUACAGUACUGAUGUGUCGGUAGAUGAAGUGAAAGCUCUGGCCUCCCUGAUGACAUACAAAUGUGCUGUCGUUGAUGUUCCGUUUGGUGGAGCCAAAGCUGGAGUGAAGAUCAACCCAAAGCAUUACUCUGACAAUGAGCUGGAGAAAAUCACCCGGAGGUUUACUAUCGAGCUGGCCAAGAAAGGCUUCAUUGGGCCCGGUAUAGAUGUCCCAGCACCAGACAUGAGCACCGGUGAGAGGGAGAUGUCCUGGAUUGCUGACACUUACGCCAAUACCAUGGGACACCAUGACAUCAAUGCCCAUGCCUGCGUCACUGGUAAACCCAUCAGCCAGGGGGGGAUCCACGGGCGAAUCUCUGCCACCGGCCGUGGAGUUUUCCAUGGCAUUGAGAACUUCAUCAAUGAGGCCUCCUUCAUGAGCCAGCUGGGAAUGUGUCCUGGCUUCCAGGACAAGACUUUUGUCAUCCAGGGCUUUGGUAACGUUGGACUGCACUCCAUGCGUUACUUGCAUCGGUUUGGAGCGAAGUGUGUUGGAGUCGGAGAAAUGGAUGGAAACAUCUGGAAUCCCAAUGGCAUUGACCCAAAAGAACUGGAGGACUACAAACUGGCUAAUGGCACCACCGUGGGCUUCCCCAACUCCACCCCGUACGAAGGCAGCAUCCUGGAGGCCGACUGUGACAUCCUGAUCCCUGCCGCAAGCGAGAAACAGCUGACCAAGAAGAACGCCCACAAGGUCAAAGCCAAGAUAGUCGCAGAGGGUGCCAACGGACCUACUACCCCCGAGGCGGACAAGAUCUUCCUGGAGAGAAACAUUAUGGUCAUUCCAGACAUGUACCUGAAUGCUGGUGGUGUGACCGUCUCAUACUUCGAGUGGCUGAAGAAUCUGAAUCAUGUCAGCUACGGACGACUCACCUUCAAAUACGAAAGGGAUUCAAACUACCACCUGCUCAUGUCAGUACAGGAGAGUUUGGAGAGGAAGUUUGGGAAACAUGGAGGUUCCAUUCCUGUCAUCCCAACCUCAGAGUUCCAGGCCAGGAUCUCUGGAGCAUCUGAAAAGGACAUCGUUCACUCAGGACUUGCCUACACCAUGGAGCGCUCUGCCAGGCAAAUCAUGCGUACGGCCAACAAGUAUAAUCUGGGUCUGGAUCUGCGGACAGCUGCUUACGUCAACGCCAUCGAGAAGGUCUUCAAGGUUUACAACGAGGCUGGUCUUACCUUCACAUAAGACUGCCAGGACCCAUCUGUCUGUCUGUCUGUCCGUCCGCUCUUUCUCCUUGUUCCUUCUUAAACCAACCUCUCUAUGACCUCUCCACCAACAUCAGUGCUUGACAACCGUUUUCUUAAACCUUCACACAACUUGAAUCCACUGUUUACAAUUUAGCACAAGACAGCAUAUGAAAAAUCCUUUAGCAACACACACACACACACACACACACACACAUACACACACACACACACACACACACACACACACACACACACACACACACACACACACACACACACACACACACACACACACACACACACACACACACACACACACACACACAUCUUAAGCUGCUUUGCUUUAGCACCUGUUGCACUCUUGGUUCAGUCUGUUGUCAUUUGGACUCACUUAAGUCAAACUCUUUUAAGUCAUUCCACCUAUUCCAUUUGACACAUCCUGUUCACUUCUCUCCUCAAAUUGAAAUACACCAAAAAAUAUCUGGUUGAAAGCUUUGACAGGCUGACGGUUUUCUGAAUUAGCAAUGUACUGUUUGACCAUUGGUCAACCAUAUUUCACAGAUGCUCAAAUAUACAUAUCUAUCCAGAUUUAGUAGUAGUUGAAAUGAUCAGUUUUAUAUCUGUGCAUAUGUACUAUUUACACAAAGCCUUAAUACCAAGGAGAGUUCUCCCAUUUUUCAGUGUUUGUCACUGACAUAAAGAGCCCACAUAGAUCUUUUUUUGUGGCUGAGCUCAAAAUGUCAGCCUUAGAAUAGUUCAGGAGGAUCUUUUUCAUAUCAUGGUGAACAUGUGAACCAGCCAUUGUGGUCUUAUGGCCUGUAGAUGAUAAAAGGGUGAUUUGAUUCCCAGGUUUCCAGGUUUGCUCUGUCAUUCUGUUAAAGUUUUACUCUUUCUGACAGGUCAGGGGUCAGACGAAACAUGUUUGUGUAACCUGGAUUUAUAAUUAUUUAAUAGACAGCCUGAACUCAGUCUAAUCACAAGAACUCCCCAGGAGCGUAUGAGGAGUGAGUGCCUUGUUCAAACAGAGCUCCUCUUGGAAACAGGAAGUUGUUUUUCUAACUCCCUGCUCUCUGGUCAGCCUGUUAGUGUUUUGAAUGAAACCCUACAGGUAACAUAGUGGAGAUAGAUUAACAAUGUUGCUAAAAUCUCAUUGUUCACCAUGUUGAAAUAUUAAGAAUGCAUGGAUCAGAGGGAUAUCAUCAGCAUAAAAAAAUUGGCUGAAACUGAAGCUAUUAAACGGGAAGUCAAGUUAGGGGAUGUCCCACCCUUCCCUGCAACGCCAUUGAUGCGAUAGAUUUCAUAUUUUAGCUCUAAGAUAAAAAGUUUGCACAGUGACGUUGGUGAACACUUGGUUACUGUCGGCCAUAUUGCCAUCAAAUUCCUUGGUAUGGCUUGGAGUUGGUUGAUAGAUGUGUGUUGGGGCAGGGCCUGUGGUAGGACUGGGUGGAAACAAGUAUAUAUCAGUGAGGUGUUUUUUCUUUGUAAGCCUUCAUUUAAACAGCUUUAAGAUUCUUUAAGACAUUUUGUAUUAACUUUUUUUGUUAAAAUAAAUUGUUAAAGCCAAUUAAAGUAUAAAAACGAA